CAAGUGCAACAAUUGGCACAAUUGGCGAUAAAUCAGCAGCAGCAGCAGCAGACGCCGCUUGAACUUUCAACAGACACCGCAAAAAAAGAAGAGAAAAAACGAAUAACGAAAAACAAUCUACCAAAACGAAGCAGUCUGAGGGCAGGACAGGAGGAAGAGGAGGAGGAGGAGGAGGCAGUGCAUCCAUUAACAGCAGCAGCAGCUUCUUCUUGCUCGUCUCGGUAUCGAUUUCGCUUUGGCUUCGGCUAUUUUGGUGGUGUGGCAGAAGAGCUGAAAAGAUACUUGGUGGAUUGCUAGGGGCCCACGCCACGCGGCGAAUGCAGCAUGUGGCCAUGUAAAGCCAACAACAACUACAACAGACAACAGCCAUAAAAACAACAACAAGAACAACAACAACAGCAGCAACAAACAGCAAACAAACUUGGCCACACUUGACAGAGUCACUUUAGCAGUCAGUUUUGUCAGUCACUUGUUAUUAUUCAAGUCAGCGCAGCGGAAAAGCGUCGAUGAGUUGAGCACCGAUAGCCAAGUUCAACUCAAUUCAAGCUGCUGCUCCCCAACCCUCCCUCCCUGCCACUUCCCACUGCAAUGGACGCAACGCAGCAGCAGCAGGAACAGCAGCCGCAGCAGCUAGCGGAACCAUCGAUAGCGAGGUCAUUGGACCAACAGGUGGAGGCAUCUUCCAUUGGUUCGCCCAAUCAUUCGCACUACUCGAAUCUCACCAAUACCAGCAAUAGUAGCAGCUCCCACAGCAGUAGCUGCCACAGCAGCAACGCCAGCAGUCCAUCUGUUGUCAGCGAUAGUAGCCGCAGCACUACUUCCACAUCCACAUCCUCCUCAUCGGCGCCGCAAUACAGCGAAGAUUUGCGUGCGUCAGCUGCAGUACAUCCAAGUCAGACGCCGAGUCAGAGUCAGAGUCAGCGUGGUUCGCAUUCAUCGCACAAAACCUGUGAAUUGGAUGUGGGCGAGGAGGAACGCGAUACCUUCUCACCCGUCUCCAGUCCUGAUUGCAACGGUGCCGCAGCAGUAGCAGCAAGUGUUGUUGUUGCCGGCGGCAGCAGAGAUAACAAAAGUUACGACACUAAAUUAAAACCAUCAUCGAAGGAGGAGAAACAGCGUCAGAACGAGGAAAUUGUCUGCAUGGAAACCUCGACAGUGUCCACAGAGACCGGCUCCUGGGAGUCGGUUUAUCCGAAUAUGCCCGCACAUGUGGCGUCCACAUUAGAGGAGCCAAAACCAGCGCCACCGCCACCAUUGGCGGAGGAGGAGGGCAUCACUUCCAGCUGCCUGCUACGUGAGUUUGAGAAGCGGGAACAGCAGCAGCAACAACCGUUGACCGGUUCACAGCAUAGCGCAUGCUUCAUCGAUGCAUCCUCGCUGCGCGAUGAGGAUGAGGUGCUCUCCACCUUUCCCAGUCUGGACUGUGUUCAGCCCUUGGAAGAUGCAACGAAGCCGACAAGCGAACUAGAAUUGGAACAGUUUCACAAGGCAUUCGCCAAGUGCAAAGGAUCGAGUCUAAACCAGCGCAGCAGUCAAUCCAAUUGCAGUUCAGAUGUGGAACCGGAUGAAACACAGCCGGAUAGCACGACGAACAACUUGUCCGAUGAGGAGAAACUGUGGAAGCGGGAACAACAGUUGCCCGCCAGUGGUGCCGAUACCAGCAGCGUCUCUUUGGCUGCCGCUGAUGCAGACUCCUCGGAUUCUUCGUUGAUGAGUGCACGACGACGUCGUGCUCCCAGCUCAGCGGCACCCGUACCGGUGCCUUACAGUUUCCAGCACAAUGCGCAACAAUUUAGCGUGCAUCCACUGGGUAGUAGUCCCAAGUUUGCAGCGCAUCAUGAUCUCAGCUAUACGACAGACUACUCCUCCAGUAGUCCGGCACACAGUCUGGUCUGGUCGGAGCAGGGCGGCAGGCAGCACUCAAAGCAGCCAACACAGCAGCAACAGCAGCAGCAGCAACAGCAGCAACAUGCUCCAACGAUGGCGCCACCCACAGACACGCCACACAAUUCAAUGGUUCAUGUGCUGGAGCACAUCUCGAGCAGCAACAAUAGCUCCAUACACAGAGAUUAUACGCUCAGCUCAUCGCUAUCGCAUCAUCGGGAUUCGGGUGCUUAUUGCAGUGAUGCAACCGAUUCACCGUUGCCACUGCCACGCACACCCAAACGCUCCAAGUUUGAUGAGGCGAAUCCCAUUGUGUCGGGCGGUGCAUCCAUUGAGGAUUUCCGCCAAAAGCAUUGCGAUAGUCCCAGUUUAAAGCGACGCACCGACACCUGUCCGAUUGUCUCGGGUGGUUUUGUCUCACUGGACUUUGCUGCCACUCAGCCGCAAGAUGAUGAGGACAAUGAAUAUGAGCAGGAGGCGGCCGAGGAUGCGGAGCUGGAGGGCGUUGAGAUGCGUGUGAAGAGUGUGCAGCAGCGUAAACCAUUGUCGGGCAUUGCAUCCUGGGUGGUGGACAUGAGCGAUUGCCGGCCGGAGCGACGCAAGAGCAGCAGCUCCACAUCCAGCUUGGAGGCGGCGACACGCGGCGAACGCUUUCGCGAACGCUCCGAUUCGAAUAGCUCGCACAAGAGCGGCUGCGGUUUCUAUGUGUCACUGGAUGACAUGGACAGAAAGCCAAAGACUAAACCCGAACAGGAGCAGCCAGUCCAGCAGCAGCAGACACUCAGCAAAUCCUAUACAGCGCCCAAAGCAUCCAAUUUCUUUGUGAAUCUCUCGCAGAGCGACUACCACGCCAAGGAGCAGCAGCACCAGCAGCAGCUGGACCAGGAAGAGCAGGCGGCUGCCAAACAGGAGCAGGAGAAGAAGAAUAUUUUUAGCAUGUUCAUUGACUUUGGAGAGUCGGCCAAGCCGCGUGCCACAAAUGGCCGCAAGGAGCCCUUCAAUUUGGCGCAACGCUUGAGCAGCUCGCUGAGCGUUGCCCAGCGUCGCAGCGAGGAGCUGAUGAAGUCCAGUGCCAGCUCCACAGAGACCCUAAUGGCCAAGAGCGGCACACAGCCGCUGAAGGAGGAGAGCAAAUCUCUCGAUUAUCGUUGUAACAAUAUGGAGCAGCAGCAGCAGCAGCAGCAACAACAACCCUUGACUGUGGCAGCUUUGAGACGCAUGUCCAGGCAGCAGCAGCAGCAGGAGGCGAGCAAGCGGCACAGCUGGGGCAGCAACACUAGCAGCAAGGAGCAGGUGGCGCCGCCAACUGGGGAUUACAAGCGUUCCAUUAGCCUAACUGCAAAUGGUGGCGAUCAGUGUGGUGGCGUCGGCAAUGGUCUGAUGAGCAUCAUUGACAAACUGCCCAUCAUCUCGAAGGCAUCCUCGCUGUCUGUGGACAGCUCGUUGUCGCCAUACGAUGACUACAGCGUUGGCGCCCUGAGCAGCUGUGGCUCCGAAGAGGAGGAGCAGCAACAGCAGCAGCAGCAGGAGGCGACUGUUGCACGUUUAAAGAAACGUCGUCGCGAUGCACAGCUAAAUGAGACCUACGACAAGAGUAGCAGUCUGGCCUCUGGGCUCACCGAGGGUGUGCUCUCCAAGGAUAUGUCGCCGGCAUCGAAUACGAAUACGGACACCGAUGAUCUCACCUUUCAGCAGGAUGAGCAGAUUGCGUUGCGUGAAGUGCAGCAACAGCAACAACAGUUGCCGGUGCAGGUGCAAUUGACAAGCAGCAGCUCCAAUCGUGCCUCCAUCAUGGAGACGAUCAUUGAGGCCAAGGAGACGGCAUCGCCCAAAAAGCAGGCAACAACAAGAACAGCAACUGCAACUGGAACUGGCACAGCAACAGCGCUCAGCAAUGGCCACACCAUGGAAACGUUGCAUGCCACAAUUGAGAAGCAGAAACAAUUGCUCGAAACGGUUAACGAGCAUGCCGAGCAACUGGCUCCAGCUGGCGCCGCAGCCAGCUUUGUGAAGCUCUCCGAUAUGGAUAAACCGGUGGCCGCCAAACAUGAACUACAAUCGCCGGAUGCGAUGAGCAAAAGUGCUGGGAAUCAACGCAGUGCCAGUGCUGUCAACGGUCAACGUUUCUAUCGCGAUGAACAGCAUCGUUCGACACGACCGCAUUCAUGGGCCAUGACACGCUCCAGUGGCAAUCAGAUCCAGCACUUUGCCAGCUCCGUCGACAAUUUACGCAGUCUCUCGCGACUCUUUCCCAAUUUCAGCAAAGAGUUCUCCAAUUCGUUGCCUGGUGAUAUGGCGCUGGAUAAUAAUAAUCCCGGACAGCAGCAGCAGCAACAGCAGCCACAAUUGGACUACAUCCAGACGGAUCUGAGUGGCGAUUCCAGUUUGGCAUCGAGUUUCAGUCGCUCCGGCAUGGAUGAGUCAUCGAUGAGCUGCCGUCAGCCGCGUCGCUUAGGCGAAGAUCUGCUCAAGAUGUUCCUGCAGGAGAUUGCCACCGAUAUGCUGGUCGAGGUGCAUGGACGACGCAUACGCGCCCACAAAUGCAUCCUACGCAGUCGCUGUCAGUAUUUUGCUGCCAUGCUCGCCGGUCACGGCUCGCAGAGCGUUGUUUCCCUGCAGGGCUACUCCUAUGCCGCUGUCCACUUUGCUCUCUGUCACAUCUAUUCGGGCGCCUCGCAUCCGCCCGACGGCAUUAGUCUAAUGGAGUUGGCAGCGCUGGCAGAUCUGCUGGGUCUGGAGGGUUUGAAGGAGGUCACUUCGCAUGCGCUGAAGACCAACUAUUGCCACAACUUCCAUAAGCCGUGCUCGGGCUGCAUCGAUGGCAUACUGCAGGUGCUGCCCGUCGCACUCAAUCAUGCGCUCGAUGAUCUCUAUCGCAAGUGCUUGCGCUGGACGUGUCGCCACUAUCUCAAGGUGUGGCCGACGCGACAGUUUGCCCAACUGUCGCCAGACAUACUCGGUCGUUGUCGCCAGCAAAUAGUUGCCUAUUUGACAUCCGAGACGGUGCUGGAUACGGUGCUCGAAUGUGAUCAUCUGGUUGCCCAGUUGUCCGCCUAUCGUUGGGGUCAUGUCUGUGAGCAGCUGGUGCGCGACAUUUUGGACGCCGCCUAUGGCUAUGUGGGUGAUCAUUUCGCCAGCUUGAUUGCCAGCGAUUCGUUUCUGUCGCUGGGCCAUGAUCGUAGUCGGCACAUUCCACGGCUGGAGUCGCUGCUGCUGCAAACGGCCGCUGCUCUGACGCCGGAGCAGGCCUGUCGCAGUUAUCAGCGUGUCACACGCUUGAAUACUGUGCUGCAAGCGAAACUCAUCCAAAUGCCCGAGAAUCUCGGUGAACUGGCCAAGGAGUUGCAGGGACUGCAGGAGGAGCAGCUCGACUGGCAGCCCGAAUACAUACGACUGGUCAGCGCUCUCGUCUAUGCCGUUGAACAGUGUCUCAUACGACAAUGUUCGCGUGCAAUGCGCGUUACGGCGUGGCAACGCAUGGAUCUGGAGCUGCGCAAGAAGAUUCAGACAAUGGCACGGCUAACGGAGCCACUCGAUCUCAAGCGCAACGGUGGCAAGCCGGUUAGCAAGGCCUUCUCGUUUGGCGGCAGCACACGCAGUCAGGAUCUCGUUCAAAUCAAGCUCGCCAUCCAGGCGCAAUCGAAGCGCGCCCAGGCGCACGAGACGCAACAGCAGUACAAGGCCAUCCACACCCAGACCACGUAUGAUCAUCAGCCGGGCAAUGUGCAGACCACGGAGCGGGGCGUUCAGGCCAAUCACGAUCUGCGCGAGGGCAACAGUAAAUUGCUCAAGUCAAAUUCACGCGCCUAUGUGCCGCAAACGCAUCGCGCCAGCUCGCAGUCGGCCAGCGAGCGGAACAGUCUCAAUUUGACAUCGCAUCGACGCACACAGUCCGAGGCGCCGCCAGCGACACAAAGGAAACCAGCAGUUGCACCAAAGCCCACGGAAAGCGCAGCGCCUGCAGCACGGAGCACAGCGGCGCCUGUGCGUCUAGGUGAGGUGCGUGCUCGCUACAUGGAGCCGCGAAAGCCGCGUCCAGUUAGCGCUGGCAAUACGGCCAAUGCGGGUCCAAUGCGUAGCGCCACCAGUGGCAGUAUACCGGCAACGGGGGCGGCGGCACGCAAGGCACAGGGCAAGAAGCUGCACAUCUCGUCGAGCGACAGUUCGCGCAACUCAAGUCCGGCGGCAGUGCGACGUGGCCAACAGAAUGGCGGCCAGCAGCAGCGACUGGGCAACAAGUCGAGCAAUCUGUCCACCGAUAGUCUGGCCAAGAGUGGCUCACGUGAGCGUUACUCCUCCGAUCUGAAUGUGGAUUCGCUGGCGGAGAGCAUGAAGAGCUCGGUGAUUACCAAUAAAACGAUCUCACACGAAUCGCUGACGAGCAGCUCCAAAUUGGCGCGCGUGCAGCAGCUCAACGGUGGUGGUGUCACCACCACCAAGCCACACACAAUUGGGCCGCCACAGCGUGGCACCCAGCGCACCUCGACGGUAGGCAACAAGGCGACGCGUCAGUUGAAGCAGCAGCAUAAUGCUACAAUCGGUGCCAGUGGUGCCUCCAACGGUUCCAGUCCCAGUUCGGUGCACACAACCAAAUCGGCAACCAGUCGCUUGUCCUCGGUGAGCAGCACUUUGUCCACGCGGGAGAUGUUCAAGCAGCGCUCCAUUUCGGUGCCGGCUGGCGGUGAGUCAGCACCAGCCAAGAGUCGUCCCAGUUUUCUCUCGGCCAAGUCGCGUGAGAUACUCGCUAAGCGAGCCGAGAAGAACAAGUUGCAACAACAGCAGCAGCAACAACAACAGCAGCAGCAACACAGCUCUGGGGAUGAGCGGCAAACACAGUUGCGUGCCUCUGCUGGACCGCUGCGCUCCUCAUCACAUUCCGCCGUUAGCAGCAUGCUGCAGCAGCACAAUCUACGCAACAGUCUGCCCUCCAAUAUACCCACACGUCGCCCCAAUACGCUGCACUUGCGCAAGACAACAUCAGCAACAACAACAACAAAAAAUGGUUUUAGUGCUCACAAGCCGCCACCAACCACAAAUGGUGGCAUGAUGAAUGGCUCGCAUCCGUACAAAACGGCCCAGGCGGUCAAACAGAAGUUGGACCUGCUCAUCGAUGGCCAGCAGCAACAGCAACAGCAGCAGCAGCUGGUGGAAAACAGCGAGCGACGUGUCGAAUCCAAAUUGGAGAGAUCGAGCACCUUCUGCAAGGACAGCGCCGAUCUCAAUAUAAAUGUCAGCGAACUGCAAAUUGUGGAGUAAAUAUACAAAACGGUCAUAUCAAAUAUGAGCCGAGCGAGAAUAAAUAAAUAAUAAACACCCAUACACGUCCCAUAAGGCAACUCUAGUCAAUAAUAGCAUGUAGUUGCAGGCGCAGGAAACAUAUUAACAAUAAAUCCAAUAAUAAUCAAUAGAGACGAGGACGAUGAUGAUGAGAUAAAACAUGUUACUAGCAAAGCAAACGAUGUGUGCACUCCCCACUAUAAAUUAUAGCAGUUACAUACAUAUAUAUAUAUAUAUAUAUAUAUAUAUAUAUAUGGAUAUAUAUAUAUUAUACAACUUAUUGUCCCUCCUCCCAAUACAAUACAAUACAAGAAAACAUAUUUAAAUACUUAUUAUUGUAAUGAAAUUGUAUGCCAGGCGGAAUCGAAGUCGAAGCAAUGUCAAAAAGUAUAACAAAUUUGGUGAUAUUAUUUAGUGUGUGCGCUUGCUUUAUGUUAUUAUUAUUAUUUUUUGUUGUAAUUUUGGCUGCAAUUUUCUGUGUGUGCUUCAAGUACUACUCUCAUCAUAAAAAGAACAAAAUUAACUAUGUGCUUUGCCAGCUGCAUUUAAGUAGUCUCUGCGCUGCAGCUUUAACAUCAUAUUUUUAACAAAAAGAAAAUAAAUAAUUCAGUCUCUAUCUCUCUCUACAUAUUUACCCAUAGCCCUAAUCUUAAUUACUUUAAGCCUUGCAAUUUUUUAUACUGUUCUUUAUUUGAAUUUUUACUCGUAGUAGUUCAGCGAAUCGGGCGCGCAACCAAGAAAAUGUUUUUUCUUUAAUU